GGCUGCCUUCCAGUUGUUUUAGAAUCCAUACAAUUACUACAGCAAGUCUGAGUAAGUGAAGAUAUAGAAAAAUCAUGAAGGCUAUCUACUUAACUUUGCUGGCUGCUGUCCUGCUUUCAGGUGAGUAAAAGGUUCUUUUAUAUGCUAGAUAUACCAACAAAAUGACACCUAAUAUUAUGAUACUUGGGGACAAGAGCUCUGAAUUACAUUGUAGCAAAUAGAAAUAUACUAACUUCACCCAGUUUAUUAAUGUGGAGGUAAAUGUUAAAGUAUAUUCAUGGGGGUCUAUUAAUGGAAGAAAGUGCUGCUUUGUUCUUUUUGAUCCACAUAAUGCAUAAUUUACACCAGAUUAGUCAAACUGAAAAUUAUAUCGAGAUCCCUUGAGGUGUUACCUAACUUGGCAAUUUAAUCUAAUGCAAUUUGGUUAUGAAAUAAUUAUUUAUUUUUAAUGUAAAUUCCUUAUUUCAAUAUGUUUUAUUAACUUUUUUUGCAAUUACCUUUAAGAAAGCAAGUUCCAUUCAUCUAUGUAUGAUGUAUUAUGCUAUAACAAUGGUUUGUCCAAAGUCAUUUCACCUUGAUACUCAUGAUCCUACACUAAAUGGAUUGCGUAUAUUGAAAUAAAUGGACCAUAGAUUCUAAACAUACAAAUGAAAAAAUAUUUACAUAAUAUGGAUAAGAUAGUGAAUAGCCUGAUUCCCUCGUGCACUCAAGAAUAAGAACAGCCCAUUAUUGAAAAACAAAAACAAAAUAAAACGCUUAAUACUUUUCGCUUUUGUUUUUCAACAAUGGGAUCUUCUUAUUUUUGGGUGCACGAGGGAAUCAGGCUAUUCACGUUUUACCUAGUUUAUCUUAGAAUCAGACUAGGAUUAUGCAGUGGCAUUAUUAGUAAACUGGUUGGUCGGUGAGGCAGCAGAGCCAAUUCCUCUAUUCAUAAUACGACUAAGCAGGGUUUAGGUUUCCUAGCCCUAAAGACUUAUACAAUUCUGUUUACGUUCGGUUCAAUUAGUGUGUAGGAAUCUUAUAUCCCGAGGUAUAGGAGUUUUACUCUAUCUUUUUUUGUUUGUUCUUCCUGUGAACCAAAAUUUAUUAGGGAUUAUCUGGUAGGCUGUAGAAAUAUAUUUAUUCCUAUUUUUACUAAUAUAGGGUAAAAUCUACUGCUAUCCAUAAAGCUUCUACUUUCUAAUCUCACCAUCUAUCCAGCUUUUUUUCAAUCUGCUUUACUCACUGUAGUGUUUUCAUAGGAAAAGUAUUAUAUUGAUGGUCGAUGUUUACUAAAUACUAAAAUUAUUUAAAACCCUUUAAGGUAAAAAUCUAAAUUUGAGUAAUAUGACAUUUUUAAAACCGUUGUACAAAAAUGGAUACAUGUAAAGUUUAAAUGCAUGCUAAACAGUUCCCAAAUGUUGUGCACAUGUUAUUUUUAUAUACUUGAGAAAUGAGAAAGGCUCUAGAUUUGAAAAUGUCGGAAAUCAAAUUAUUAUAUUUAGAUAGUCACUAGUUAAGUCUAUCUUUCUGUUUGAUAAUCUGCAUCUCCAUGCAAUUUGUCUGUAUUUUCUUUCUGCUUGUUAAUACAUCCCAUCCCCCUUGUGGAAAAUUAUAAAGUGACACCACUAAACAAACAAACUAUUUUAUUUAUUGAUUUACUAUAGCAGCUUUGGCACUUUUCUGUACAGGAAGACAUAUGGGGCAGUAUCUGCCUACAGGCAUAGAUUUUGGUAAAGGGAAACUCUCCCUGGCACAAAACUUUGAAAUAUAAUCUUAAAUUUUUUUUAUUUUUUUUUUAAAACCUCCUAUUCCAAGUAUAUUAAAGUGCAUCAUUCAAGACUAACAUGACUUGGUAUCACUUUAGUGGCAGAACUAACAGGGCUGAACUCACACUCUCCACUGGUUAGUACGUGAGUGGAAGGUUAGAGCUCUGGGUUCAUUAUACCCUAAUAUAACAUGAAAUGAGAGAGAGAGAGAGAGAUAUUUUUUUUUAAUUCUACCUCAUUUUAGUGAAUAAGCCAGUAAUUUGCACAAGUCAAACUAGUACCACGGAUUAGUUGUAAAGUCAUUCUCUGUUUUCAGGAUUUGAACUCUUAUAGGCUUCCAAAAUAAAAGUUGCUUGUAAUGUAGGGAACAAAAAAUGCAAUUUUAAAAUUAAAAUCAGGUACAUAUUCAACCUUUAUUUAUUUAUUUUUAUUCUAACUAUUUAUGCAUUCAGAAUCGUCAGAAAUCAUGGGGAUACAAAGUAUGAGCAAUAAUAUGGCAUUUAUUAUCCUGUGCAACUCAUAAAACAUAGUAUAAAGAGCAAUAGUGCAAAAGGAAAAAAAAUAUUUUGUAACGUUUCAGUGGGCAUAUUAAUACAAAUAGCUGAACAGUGCUCAUAGUUUUUUUUUUUAUUUGGUAAGGUGCUGGUAUGUUUGGGAAUGUGCAUUCUCAAAAUGUGAGAAAAAUAUAAACUGCUUAUGUACAAAUGAGCACAAUGCCAUAUGCAUUGAUUACAAAUGUAUAGUUAAAUAGGCACUUGUAUUUCCCUAGUAAUAACAGGCUGAUAAGUGCUAUAGGUCUUUCUUUACCAGCACUCCACCUAGGCUAUUCAUGAAGAUGUGGAGAUUUAGUUUCUCAGAGUUGUGUACAUAAUAUGGAGCAUUAGAUCAUAUACCAACUUAUCUGUCUCUCUUCUUCCCUCUCUGGAUGUCCUUUUUUGUCUCUCACUUCCUGUAUGCCUGUCUCAGACAAUUGCACACACAAUCACACUCAAUCAGCCCCACACUAUCACACUCUUAAAACUACACACCUACAUAUUACACUCAGUCAACUAUUGCACAGUCACACACAGCCACAACACAUACCACUCAGGUGUAUUGCUUAGGGGAAAGUGAGGAGGAGCAACAAGGGGACGCAAGGAAGAGCAAAAAAUGGGGAAUUAGAAGGAGUGACAAAGAACACUUCUUUAAUUCUUGUACCAGCAGUUUCUAGUUACGCCCCUGUGGAACGGGUAGGGGUAUAUAUAUAAAACGAUAUAGAAUUAUAAAUAUUAGUGAUAUUAAAAUAUUAGUGAUCCAGAGAGAUUUCAAAAUAACCUUUUGAAACAAGAAUUAUUAAAAAAAAAAAAAAAAAAAAUCCCACAUAACAUAUUUGAAUUUUCUUUUUUGGGGGUUUGGCUGCUUUGUCCUUUAAACUCACUAUUUACAGAUUAUACUAUACUAAGAUCUACUACGUUUAACACUUUACUGAUAUAAACUUUUAUUUCCUUUCUAAUUACAGGAUGUGUACAUGCUGGUGUAAGAGAGGUAACUACAUGUGUGUGUUUAUACAUAUAUACUGAGUAAAGUCCCUAUACUGGCAAAUUUCCUGUAUAAUUGCAUUGCCCUACAUUUUGUCACAUGUUAUAUUAUAUUACCUCCAUAAAUAUUAUCCUCUGUGUUAUUGCACAACCACAUAUAAUUUUUUUUUGCUUGUUUUCAUAGUGUUAGAUUGUUUCUGAUAUAUUGAUUUGCAUGUUGCCACAAUGCCCAAAAAUCACAUCAUGACCAUAAAUGCAACAUUGCCCAAAGAGGAAACACUUCCCAAACUACCACCUUACUGAGAAAAAGAAAAAUUCCCUGACACGCUCCAUCUACUAUACAGUAAUAUCACAUAAUAUUGAGACAAACAGACAUACAUUGAAUUACAUAAGAGGACAGACUGACAGGAAGACACUCACUCAGAUAGUGGAAGCCACAACAGUAACCCAAGAUUCUGCUCAUAAGAUAAGAAAUAAACCCAUACCCAAGAUGAAUAGAAUACAUAGUAAUAUCUGACAUAUAAUAGUGUUAAAAUAUAUUUAUUCUCUUUCUCUUUUGCAAAGAACAGGAGUUUUAAUUAAAUUACUGAAAAAUACUUAUUUUGUGAACAUUAGACAGUAUUUUAAUGCUAUGUUUUUUUCUAGCCAAAGUGUCCAGGACAUAAUAUAUGCCCACUAAUCUUUUCUCCAGUAUGUGGAACCGAUGGAGUUAUGUAUCCAAGUGAAUGUGAGCUCUGUGUAAAAAAUAAGUAAGUAUAAAUUAAUAUAACUUUAAUAUUUUAAUGACCUUGUGCUUUGACACCUCACAGAUCAAAAGAAAUCCUUUCCUGUAAAAGCCUAGGAUGGAUGAACAAAUAGUUUAUCAAUGAUCUUUAUCUAUACCAUGAAAUAACAUGUGCCCAAAGAAGGUUUUAGGGGUUUUCAGGCAGCAUAGACUGGAAGGAAGCAGAGUUAGGCGUACAGACUUACAAGACAAUCAGCUGUUAGAAGAAGCCCACUAAUUGACAGUGAUCUGAUGGUCUGAAAUUUAAAGGGGAAUCUACCAUAAAAGUAUGAAUAUCCUGACACUUGUCUUAAAAUAUCUUAACACAACAUACAGGCAUUAUAUUUUCAGAUAUACUUUCACUUUUUGUUGGUUAAUAAACAUGUAUGCUGAAAUGGCAGCUAUGUGUAGUAAUAUUAUAUUUUUAUUUGCAGGAAACUCAAUGCCCAUGUACGAAUCGCCCAUAAUGGAAUGUGCUGAAGAUAGUUUUCCUUAUCCAUGAAGUCAGCAAAAAUGGACAUCUUUCAUAUUGACCUGAUUUUGAUCUGUUGAAGUU